AUAGUUGUGUUUUCGAAUAUAUUAAUACUUAAUUUUGAUAAAGGUAGUCAAAUCUUUUGUCAGGUUGAAGGCUCCUCGACGCAUCCAAGUGGCCGACGGGUAUUCAAAUGCCCGCAUUGUCCAUUUUGGGCAUCUACCGCAAGUCGUUUUCAUGUUCAUAUUGUCGGUCAUUUAAAUCGGAAGCCAUUCGAGUGUUCCCUAUGCGCGUAUCGCUCUAACUGGCGAUGGGACAUCACAAAACAUAUUAAACUUAAAGCAGCUAAAGAUCCAGUUCAUAUGACUGCCAGAGUACUUAUGACGGAUGAAACAGGUCGACGGAAUUAUUCCAAAUAUAACAAAUAUCUUGCACAGGUCGAACAGCAAUCAUGGGAAGAUCAGAUCAUGGAGGAACGUAGUGUAGAAGAAAUGAACUCUGAUGAACCACCAACUAAAUUAUUAAUAAUGAAUCGCAACGAAUAUCUACAAACAUCGGAGCCCUCUUCUACUUCUAUUUCAAUUGCUUCUGCAAAUGAAGGAAAUCAUAAUCUUAAUACUAUUAAUAUUGGAUUAAGACCACCACCACCUCUUAAAGCUGCUGUGAGAAAUCGAGGACAAUCUUUGCUUAAAAACAAUUUGAUUUCUUCUCAUGCUCAAACUGGAUCAGCUAUAAUCACAGAUGAAAAUAAACGCACAAUGUGGAAAUGUAAACGUUGUAAUUUUCGACAUUCCAAUAGAGAAACUGUCUCUAUUCACGUUAAAUCACAUAAUGAAUUCGAACGUCAUGGAGAUGAAAAAAAUGCAUUUGGUUGUGAAGACUGUCCAUUUUCUGCAUCUGAUGCAGCAUCUUUGUCGAUGCAUAGAAUUCAUCAUCGUCCAAACUUAGAAGCUAUUUUUAAAUGUUAUUUAUGUCCAUAUUAUGUUAGCACAAAAGCGGAGCUUUUAGAUCAUGUCAGACUUCAUGGAGAAGAACUUGCCGUAGUACAUCAACAAACUAUGGACUAUAAUUUUUCUACUAAAUCUAAAGUACAUCGAGCUUUAAGUAACGACAGUAAUAUUAAUCGCACAAAACAAGAAAAACCUGUAGAACAAGUAAUUCAUAUAACAACGCAAAAUAAUGUGACUUGUUUCACCAAUGCCUCGAAGAAUUCCGGAGCACCACCGCCACCACCAUUGCUCCUUGAUACCCGAGCACUGCCUGAAGCUCCAUUAGUAUGGGUGUCCCGACCAGAUGGUACACUCGCAAAAAUGUUAAAAUGUCGUCACUGCCCUUGUUCUUCACGACGCGCAGAAGUCCGAGAUCAUGAGACUAUGCAUCUUGAUUCUCCCAAUAAUGGUCCCGUAGUUGCCUGUACAGAUUGUAGUUUUACUUGUACACGACGAGAAGUUAUGGUUGCGCAUACAGAUAUGCAUUCCGGAUCUUUAGGCACUGUUCAUUGUUUAGUAGAUGAUUCAAGGCCAGAUUCACAGCAAUUAAGUGAUUUGGCUGCGCUUCUUGGUUUCACUCAUUCUCCUAUAUUAGGUUCAGAACCUGAUCUACGGGAUUUAAGACUUGUUCAUUGUUGUAGCAAAUGUCCAGCACGAUUUCUCUGUGAAAAGGAAUUAAGAAUUCAUUUAAGAUAUCAUUCUACAGAAUUAGCUUAUUCUUGUCAAUGGUGUUCCUAUGCCGCUCGACAGCCAGCUCAUCUUUUAGCUCAUCAAAAAGCACAUUCCACGGAAUAUCAAGAACGCACUAAAUAUUUAUUGUCUCUGUAUGGUCAUUCACAACGAUAUCCACCACCUACCACAGCUUGCGUUGAAGCAAGUAAUCAAGACUCAAGUAAUUCAUCAUCUACUGUCGCAUGGAUUGUAGUUGAAGUUACAGAAACUUCAAACAAUGGAUUUAAUAAUAUCACAAAUAAUACAAAUCAACGAACUGGAAAUCAAGUAUUUACUUGCGCCAAAUGUCCAGCUCGUUACUUUAAAUUAGAUGCUUUAGAGUAUCACAUGACUCUACAUGGAUCGAACAAUAGGUUCAAAUGUACCGAGUGUGACUAUUCAUCAAAAACAGCUCAGAACUUAGUGAAACAUCAAGUCGUUCAUCGACGUCAAAAUGAAACAAAUGACUUAACUUCAAACUUGACUGCAUCCCCUGAUCCACAAUUUGGGCUUUUUAUGCGUGGAAAUCCUAACUUUGUGUAUCCUGGUUAUUUGAGAAACGGUCGGUUAAAAGAAAAACGGUACAAAUGUCAUAAAUGUCCAUCUGCAUUUGAGAAACGAGAACAAUAUAGAGUUCAUUUGACAUUGCAUGGUGCAAAGCAGAGAUAUCGAUGUGAUACUUGUGACUAUUCCGUCAAAUAUUAUGCUAAUUAUAUUCAACAUUUAAAGAAACAUCAGGCAAAUGCUGAAGCACAAGCUUCACGUAGACAAUUUGAAGACGACACGAUUACUAUUGAUAGUGAUAUUGUUUCUGAUAAUACAAAUUCAAUUUCACGUUCAGGAAAAACACUUAAAUCAUCAAAUAAUACAACCUCAAUUAUAUCUACAAAUGGAAUAUCAGUGUUAAAUUUUGGUGGAGCGCAAGCCUCAAAUCAAGAUAAGCAAUCUUUAAUGUUGUUACAAAAGAAAGGGGUACUUUUGUCUUCUAAUAAUGAAGUAGAAACAUUACGAUGUCAAAAUUGUCCGUUUUCUACAUGUGAUAAAGAUACAAUGGAUGCUCAUAAACGACGACAUGGCAUUGAAAGAAUGACGCCAUCUUGUCCUCAUUGUGAUUAUAUACCACGAAAAGAUGAAAAUGUUGGUGAACACAUUAGACUACAUUUUACAAGACUUUAUAAACCAGAAUCCUAUCUUAUCAUAGAAUUAUUAACAUUGACAAUGAGAAAAAUAAGUUCGAAUGGAAAGGAGGAGAAACAAAAGGCUGCCGAAUUACUUUUUAAAGAAUAUGCGGACGGAAGAUUCUUUCCCUUUACUGAUACUAAUUCCUUUGGUAGUUCUUCUGCUAUGAAUUACAAAGAAAAAGUUAUAGUAGAUCCAAAUACGGGAGAAACAAAACAUUUAACUGUUUGAAAAAAAUUAAAAAAUAACUGUAUAAUGUAUAUUUUUUUGUAUAUAAUACAUGUAUGGUGUAUCUUAGAUAUUUA